GCUUUUGCGGCACCGGAACGGCACCGGAACGGCACCAGAAGGGUUCCGGGACGACCCCUGUUUCAUCUCAUAUUAAGUCUCGGCUGGGUUGCCGUAUACCGUAUAUACCGUAUACAGCGUAUGUACCCUAUACUAUGUAGUAUGCCAUAG